GGGGAGGAGGCAGGGGCGAGGGCGGCGCUGUAGCCGGAGCUCCCCUUUGGGCUGCGCUGCCCCGUGUGAACUUGUGCUGCAGGGAGGCUGGGCAGGCGGGAGCCAGCUGCUGCAGCCGCAUCAGCUGUUGCUCCCGCGUCCCGGAAGCCUUGGGAGGGAGAGCAGCGGGCCCCCAUGCGGCGGCAGGGAAGGGGGUCUCCGCCUGCGGGCCCCUACAGCAGCGGCGGCCGCUGACGCUGCCCUGGACUAGCAGCAUGAGCAGCGGCUACAGCAGCCUGGAGGAGGAGGAGUCCGAGGAGUUCUUCACCGCCCGCACCUCCUUCUUCGGGAGGCCCCCGGCCAAAGCCAGGCCCGAGCUGCAAGAUGUUCAGAAAGAGAGAGAAACCCACACGUAUCUCAGUAAAGAAGAAGUUAAAGAGAAGAUUCAAAACUAUAAUUCAUCUGUCACUGACAAAUUAAAGAUGACCUUGAACUCAAAUGGGACUUACACUGGCUUCAUCAAAGUUCAGAUGGAACUAUGCAGACCUAUUACUGUACAGACUUCUGUGAAUCCAGGAGAGCAUGCUCACAAUAACAAUGAGACUUCCUUUUACCUGCCUCCAGGCUACGUGAAUAAGCUUCAUAUAAGCAGCAUUAACACUGUUCGUGAAGUUAUUGAGGCAUUGCUCAAAAAAUUUGUAGUGUUUGACAAUCCUGCCAAGUUUGCACUUUAUAAACGCUGUCACAAGGAAGAUCAAGUUUAUACAUGCAAGCUCUCAGACAGAGAACAUCCCCUCUAUCUGCGUUUGGUAGCAGGCCCCAGCACAGAAACACUCAGUUUUGUUCUGCGUGAGCAUGAAACUGGAGAGGUUAUGUGGGAAGCCUUUAGCCUUCCUGAACUGCAGAACUUCUUGCGUAUACUGGACAAAGAGGAAGAUGAGCAACUACAGAUCUUAAAGAGGCGUUAUGCAGCCUACAAAGACAAACUUGAAGAAGCCCUUGGUGGGGUGUGGAAACCAGGUUAAAGUGGGGCCAAAGAACACUCAGGAAAAAUGCCAUGGAGCAUGCCAAACCCAAAUGUACAGAACAGCAGCAAAGAUUAGUUUUCUUUAUUCAGAAGACUGGUUUGUCAAGCGAGGGUUACCUGUACUUUUCUAUAGAUUUAGACCCAUAAAUCAGGGCACUUAGAGUCUUGCACCUAUAAGUAAGGAAUUCUGCAUGUUUGUACAUCAACUUGCAAUCCCCUCUUGUGCCUUAGAGGGCUUUCCAGGUUACCUUUGUGUAAGCUCUGAAUCUGUUAUCUAGGAUGCUAACAAAUAAGAAUUUUUUUACCUCUUUUUAUUAUUUGCUUUAAUAUUAAUGAUAGCUUUAAAAGUAAGGAAGUGCAAAUUGAUCAUUUUAAAAAUUAAUAAAACCGCUUAGCCAUGUGUGAACAAAAAUCAGAUUGGAGCACUAUGUUUGAGGUUAAAUAGAUUUGCACUACCUUUCUGUUUUCAAAUAUUUACUGUGUAAUUUGUGAGAAAACAGUUAUAGGUGGAAGGGAUGUAAAACCUUUGAGGUUCUGUGAAAUUGUGGAAGGUUUUAAAGUAGUCUUACUGGAGAAAGUAAAGAGCAAGUUGAAAAGAAGGCAAGAGUUGAGGAAGUGCUGUAAUAGCUGAUGGAAGAUUGAUGUAGAGUGGAAAUACAAAUAUAGAAGAAGAAAUGGAAUUUUAUUUUUCAUAGUGAGUAGUUAUAAAAAAGUUUUAGGAUGUUCUAAUAUUGUGAAUAAGUUUUUAGAAUUGUGUACAUUCUCACUAGAAUAGAAAUGAGGAUAGAAGGAAGGAAGGAAGCUAAGUAUUAGUGGAAAUUAAACUGCCUAUAGCGAAGAAGCUAGUUCCUAAACAUGUGAAAGCAUGCGUGGUUUGAGAUGUGCAACAAACUUAAUGAGCUGUUACCUGCUUGAAUUUUGAAACGUGGGUAGUGAGUAUAUCUCAUUUUUAUAAGGAGCACCCACCUAAUUGGUCACUGAAUGUCUAGGUUAGAAAUAUAGAUGCAGGUACACUGGUUUAACUGAAAUCAGAUCUUUCAACUGAGGACAAAGAGCCAUUUUUUAGGAUGGACAAUUUGAAAUUGUCCAAUCUUAUGAAGACAUGAAAGCAUCCUCCACUAGUGUGUUUACUUAAAGAGAAGUAGAAUUUCUUGUUUGUAUUUCCAAGGAAGCAGAGAAUUAGAAUAUAUUGGUCAUGUUGUAGAUGAAUGGCUUAAUAACUCCAGUUCUGGUCAUUUGAAUUUUUUUCUAAUAAUUAUAUUUUUUAAAAAUGGUCCAACAGCUAAUUACCAAAUUCUGUACACUGCUGAUUUACUUGAUUAAGAGUAGGAAAAAAAUGUAGCAAAAGAAAAUUUUGUACUUUACUGUAAAUUUAAUUGUUAUUCUUUCAGAAAUAUUUAUCUAAAGAAGCACGUUCAAAGAUACCAAAGAAAUGGGUGUGCAAUAAAAGCAUGAAGAAGGUUUGAAUAACUGACAAGUUUUAGUCAUAACCACAUGGGGUGUGUGUGUCAGGAUUUAUGCUAGUAAAGAAAUGGAUAAAUAGUGAUGACAAUUCAAGAACAGCAGUUGUUUCUCUUACCGUAAAGAUGUUCAUUGUGAAUUCCCAAGGAAUAGUUGACACUUUGGUGACACCUAGUGGAUACGCUGUGAAACUCCAAACUGUUUCUGUUCUUUAUAUGAAUUUGACAUAAUUGUGCCUUUUUGGAGGGGGGGGGAGGGAUAUUUUUUGCAAACACAUCAAGACAAUCAUACAUUUUAAAGUGUUAAGAGAACUUAAAAAGUAGGACUAACUAUAAAAAUAUAUAUGGUAUAUCUUGUUUGUUUUUAUUUUAUUUCACAUGUAACAUUGUAGGGCAUGUGGGACGUUUAUCAUCAAAGUGAGACACUUUACCACAAUGGUUCAGGGAGUACUUUUACAUUUUGUUAACAUUGUUUUUCUAUAAAUACUACAGCAUAUGGAUGGGUAUUCUAUUAACAUCCACUUAAUUUAUGUAGUGUUACCCAUAACAAUGUAAUCAUUAGAUAAUAGUUAACGUUGAACCAUUUGUUCUUCAGAUUUCAACACUGUUUGAGUCUGUAGUUUAUAGAUAUGUGAAUUUUUUUACUUGAACUAAAUUAUCUGUCUUUAAAGUGGGCAUCUUCAUUUGCUUUAGCCAAAACCUCAAUCAGUGUCUUAUGCACUACAAGUUUUAAUUUGGAAAUAAAACCUUACUGUAUUUUAAUUUUGUCUUAGUCCACAGUUAAUUGUUAAGACUGUUUUGUUUUAUUUUUUUACACACUGGUUACUACAACAGCUUUAAUUUAAAAGAAAUGGUCAAAUCUGGCCCAUUUUUUUGUUUUUAAUUUUAUUAUCAAAUGAUCAAGCUGUCAAAACUUUGUUACAGAACUGUUUUGUAUUCAUUAUGUGAUGGUACCAGAAUUAUGAUUAAAUGACCUGGGGGCAAUGCAGGGAAACCUUUAAAAUUUAUGUCUUUAAAAAAAAAGUUAUACUAUUUAUAAUUUUGACAAGUUUAAUUUUAUUUUUAUAGGGAAGUUUUUAUUCCCCUUGAUGUUGUUAUUGAAAUGGCAAAUGAUAGUUCCAUUAUUAAAGUUGAAGUUGGCAGUA